AUGGCGUUAAAUCCGUCGUACGAAGCAAUCGGCAAGGGCUUCGUCAGCCAAUAUUACGCACUCUUUGAUGACCCUAAUCAAAGACCGAAUCUAAUUAAUCUGUACAGCGCGGAGUCAUCGUUUAUGACUUUUGAAGGCCAACAAAUUCAAGGAGGCCUUAAAAUAAUGGAGAAGCUCAAUAGCCUGGGUUUCCAAAAAAUUGAACGUGCAGUCACGUCUGUUGACUCUCAGCCAAUGUUCGAUGGUGGAGUACUAAUUAGUGUUUUUGGUAGAUUGAGGACUGAUGACGAUCCUCCGCACAUGUACUUCCAGACGUUUGUGCUGAAGCCACUGGCAAAUUCAUUCUUCUGUCAACAUGAUAUCUUCCGUCUUGGUAUUCAUGACAAAUUAUAA